GAAAAUCGGCACAAAGGAGAGCGGAGCACUCAGAGGAUUUAAAGCUGAAGAGCAGGAGAGUCAGAAAUAACAAGGUUGUGUCAGGACUCCUAAUUUGGGCUCAUUCAACAGCGUCGUACAAAAGGUUACACAACAGCAGACUAUAUCGAAGAGGAGCUUGGACGGCAUGCAAAGUUGUGAAAUUUCCUCAGACAGCACUGAUGAUCCUCUUAGUAGCGGCCUACGCACACAUCGGCAGCCUCGAAUAGUAGUGAUCGGUGCUGGCUUGGCCGGCCUUGCUGCGACCAGGACAUUACUGAGAAGCGGCUUCACGGAUGUCACUGUCCUAGAGGCAUCAGACCACGUCGGCGGGAGAGUUCAAAGUGUUCAGCACGGCAAAGCAACUUUGGAGCUUGGAGCCACCUGGAUCCAUGGUGCCAAUGGGAACCCAGUGUACCACCUGGCGGAGGAAAACGGGCUGCUGGAGGACACCACGGACGAGGAGAGGAGCGUGGGACGCAUCAGCCUGUACGCCAAGAACGGCGUGGCUCAUUACCAGACCAACGCCGGGAAGAGGAUCCCUAAGGACCUGGUGGAGGAGUUCAGUGACCUGUACAAUGAGGUGUACGAGCUGACUCAGGAGUUCUUCCAGAACGGGAAGCCAGUUUGCGCCGAGAGCCAGAACAGCGUCGGCGUGUUCACGCGAGACGUGGUGCGCAAGAAGAUCACGAUGGAUCCCGAGGAUUCUGAGAGCACCAAGAAGCUCAAACUGUCCAUGCUUCAACAAUACCUCAAGGUGGAGAGUUGUGAAAGCAGCUCCCCCAGUAUGGAUGAGGUGUCUCUGAGCGAGUUCGGCGAGUGGACAGAGAUCCCUGGUGCACAUUACGUCAUUCCUGAAGGUUUCAUGAAGAUCGUGCAGCUCCUGGCCCAGGACAUCCCCUCCCGCACCAUCUGCCUUAGCAAACCGGUCCGCUGCAUCCACUGGAACUACUCAGCCCAGCACCAGGAGGUGAUCGCCAAGAGCAGCGACUCCAACCACAACGAGAACAACCACAGCUGCGGACCUCACGACGACCCCCUCAUCCUCGGUCACCCCAUUUACGUGGAGUGCGAGGACGAGGAGUGGAUCGCAGCCGACCACGUGAUCGUCACGGCGUCUCUGGGCGUCCUGAAGGGGAACCACGAGGCCAUGUUCUCCCCGUCGCUGCCCGAGGACAAGGUGCUCGCCAUCGAGAAGCUGGGCAUCAGCACCACCGAUAAGAUAUUCCUAGAGUUCGAGGAGCCCUUCUGGAGCCCCGAGUGCAACAGCAUCCAGUUCGUGUGGGAGGAUGAGGCUCAGCUCGAGCAGCUGGCGUACCCCGAGGAGCUGUGGUACAAGAAGAUCUGCAGCUUUGACGUCCUCUACCCGCCCGAGCGCUACGGCUACAUGCUGAGCGGCUGGAUCUGUGGGCAGGAGGCGCUGUACAUGGAGCGCUGCGAUGACGAAACGGUAGCUGAGACCUGCACUGAGCUGCUGAGGCGCUUCACAGGGAACCCUGACAUUCCAAAGCCCUGGCGUGUGCUGCGCUCAUCGUGGGGCAGUAACCCUUUCAUCCGAGGCUCCUACUCCUUCACCAGGGUCGGAUCCAGCGGCGAGGACUGCGAGAGGUUGGCCAUGCCGCUCCCUUAUGCCAACAGCACCAAGGCUUCGCCUCUACAGGUCCUGUUCGCUGGAGAGGCCACCCACAGAAAAUACUAUUCCACUACCCAUGGUGCUUUGCUGUCAGGACAGAGGGAGGCCACUCGCCUAACAGAGAUGUACCAGGACUUGCACAGAGCUCAAACCACAAAGCCUAAUAUGUAAAAAAUAAAACGAACCUCUGACUAGUGAAAAACAAAAUACAGAACUGUUGAGAUUUAAGCUUUUUAUCUUGAUGAUUAAGUUAUACUUAAAAGGCAUAGCUCGGGCAUUAUUACAUUGAUAACAAAUGAGUAUUGUUUCUAUUGUAUUGUAGAUUCGAAUCAUGCUAAAAUUUUUAUUUGAGAUGUACUUUUCAAAAGUUGCCAAUGGUGCUGUCAUUUCUCGUCUUUAUCAUUCUGUCGUUAUGUUCUUUUAUUUUUUAAGUUAAUCAGUAAUUUAAUGUUUAUGAUAACAACAUCUGUAAUUUAACUUUGUUUUUGUAAGUGCCUUCUGUACGUAACGUUAUGUCAUCUUAAAAAUUAUGGAAACAAUACAAAAAAAAAAUUGAGAAGGUUUUAACAAAAUAAAAAUUCUAUCAUCAUCUAA